CCGACGUUAACCGCGACCGCGACGCGAUAUGCAAGCCACAUUAGACGCUGCAGCCCUCAAGCCGUUCACCAAGGCCUUGACUUGCAUCUCAAGAUAUGGUGACGAACUGACUCUGAAUGCUACGCCGGAAUGCCUCUCCUUGUCUGCUACGAACUCGUCCAAAUCUGCAUAUUGUCGGUUCAAAUACGAGAGACAAUUCUUCCAAAAAUACAAAGUUGGCUCCCCCGAUUCAUGGGCGGAAGACGUCGAAGAAGUUACACAGGUUACUGGUCAACUUCUUACCAAGUCACUUUUAUCCAUACUCAAGCACAGAACUGUCGAGAAAACCGUCGAAAAAUGCGAACUAUCUAUCGUAGAGGGUGGCAACAUGGACGAUGAAACUCAGGAUGGUCUAGAAACUAGACUGAUCGUAUGCCUGCAUUGCAGACAUGGUGGGCGACAUCCGUUCUGCCAUUAUACAAUCCAUUUUACACCUUUAUCAGGGGUCAUAAAGACGCAUAAAUUACUGCUCUCCACACCGACGUCUUUACUGGCCCCUGAUAUUCCAGAUAAUUCGACAGAAUCAUUCUUAACAAUAGGACCAAGGGCUAUCAAGGACAUGGUCGAACACUUUACAUCCACAAAAAAUGGGAAAUCGGAUCCUCAGCUCAUCUGGAAGUUUGGACAACAUGAGGUCGAAGUGAAGAGUUUAGAAUCAUCCGUUGACACCAAGGGAAAGUCUCAGCUUUCGACAGAGCUGUCAAUAAGCCCGGAAGAGUUCGAUAUCUACAAUCUAUAUGCUGCUCCCACCGUCAUUGCUUUUCAUCUUCGCGAAUUCAACGCUACCAUUGCAUUCACUGAUUCAAUAUCAGUUACCAUGGAUUUACGGUUUACAGAUCCGGCAGCGCCUCUAUUCAUAGACGUUGAAGGGGACGGUUUCACGUCCCUGUUCGUCAUCUCAACUAGCCAAGUACAGGGCAUGCCCAACAGUCAACCCCAGCGAAUGCUUAUUAACAGUAACAAACGCGGGCACGAAGAAGACAAUGAGGAUGAGAAACGAUUUAAGAAAUCCAUGAAAGCUGUCCACCAGUCGGUUCCUCCUGUGUUAAAAUCAUGGAAUGUGACUCCUGCCCAUUCUUCUGCGUCUCGACCAAGUCUCGCACAGCCUCCUUCCUCUUUAUUACAAGCUCCUCCUGAAGAAUCUGAUGCUGGGCCGAUGCCACCGCCUUCUCCUGCUGCAACAGCACCACAGGAACUCCUGUUCUUCCCAUCAUCAUCCCAGAUCACGCACAACGAAGCAGAGAAUGUGUCUGGAUUAGGCCUAGACCAGAUGACUGCAGAGGAGGUAGACAUGAUGCUUGAUGGCAACGCUGAUGAAAGCAUGCUCAACCUUGAGACGGACGAGAGACCGAUUGACUUGGUAAAUGUUCCAGGUACCUCAGACAUGAUGGAGGAACAAUCCUUUGGACCAACGCAAUCUCACCACUUGGACGAGUCAAAGGCAUUCCAGCCUCUCUUUGACGACUAAAACAUUGAUGGAUGCAUCCGAUUAUCUAUGACAUACACUUCUUUUCUACUGAAACCGCAUAAUUUAGAGCAACCAAAUAAAAUAAGAUCGUUC